AUGGAGUUGUUGGGCCAAGUGAGAGAUGUAAAGAAUAAGACACGUGCACCUCGCUCAAGAACAAUUGAAAAUAUUGCUGCUGUAGUACAAAGUGUUGAAGUAAACCCAGUUCAAUUAACACCAGAACUCAAGUCGGCCGAUCAGCAACAACGUCGCGUCUUUACUGAUUGGGAGCUUGAAAUGCUCGAAAUAAUACAGAAAUUCAACCACCUUCUCAUGUUAUCUCACAUCAUUUACUUCAGUAACAGCACACCAUUAUUUGGUGGCGAAAAAGUACACAUUAAAGUUCAUGUGCCGGAGGAAAUUUCACAUAAUUUCCAUGAAGCUGCAACAAUUCGUGAACCUAAAAUUAGUAUUAAUCAUCAAAAUCAACACGAACAGGGACAACAGACACCUGUGAUUGUGCAUAUUCGAACCAAGCUUAGCCACAAUCAACGGGACUCUCUCUUGGAAAACUUUCUCUUCUCGGAUUGGAAAAAUACUUUUGAUGAUGCAAGUAUCGAGGAACUAACCGAGCAUUUAUUUCAUACUGCAGACGAAGCAGCUUAUCGGAAUGCUUAUAUUAAAAUUGCACCUAAAAGACCAACAAAAUAUAUAAAUACCUACAAAGUGGUUGAAUAUAAGGCGCCAGGCUUUGGAAAAAAUUACUAUGAAAACCACCCAAACCACUUUGAUAACCAUCCAACUCGCGCACCCUACACAGAAACUGGAUAUAAGCCUGCGUAUACUCAGGAAAACAACCACGAAUUUACUACAACCAUACCAAUUAUGGAGCUUAUACCCAACACAAACGCAUAUUUGCCGCCUUAUGAAUAUCCUUCGCCAUCGAUUGACAUUCCUUAUGUAACUACGAAUGUGUUGUUGCCUCCCAAGGAAACACUCACUCCACCCAUCAAAGAAGCCGAAGACUUUCGUAGUGAGUUUAACUCUUCAGACGGUCCCAAUGAAGAUCUCUUACCUUUCAUUGGUGGCGAUAUGUAUCUACCUGUGGACGAGGAGAAUUCAGUAGCUCAAGAGGCGAUUGAAACAUAUACCGGUUUCGAUAGUUAUUCUGCAGGUCAUGUGCAAGGCAUAGACGACCAGAGCUACUCGCCAUAUCGUCGAAAGGGUAAAAUAAUUUAA